AUGCCCAUCGAUACCAUUCACGACUCCAUCUCAGAGUCUUCAGUGCACAAGUCUUCAAUUCCAACAAAAGUCGAAAUGAGCCAGACUGAGAAGUACAGUGAGGCGACCAGUGAGGCGCCCACGAUUCCUCCCCCGCCUGAGCAAUAUGCUUGGAGUAGGAUGAGGGAGUACUGUCAAGAUGCCUUUUCGGAGUUCUUCGGUACCUUCACACUCCUCCUCUUUGGUGAUGGUGUCGUUGCACAAGUUGUGCUCAGCCGUGGUACAAAGGGUGAUUACCAGAGUAUCUCUUGGGGAUGGGGUCUCGGUGUCAUGCUUGGAGUGUAUGUCGGAGGUAAAUCAGGCGGUCACUUGAACCCAGCCGUGACUCUGGCCAACUGCUUGUUCAGAGGUCACCCCUGGCGAAAGUUCCCCAUCUACAUGGUCGCUCAAGUCCUUGGAGCCAUGGCCGCCGCAUUCAUCGUAUAUGGCAACUACAAAUCUGCCAUUGAUGCGUAUGAAGGUGUCGGUGUCCGUACCGUCAUUGGCGAGAACGCAACUGCUGGAAUCUUCUGCACAUAUCCCGCAGAGUUCAUGACACGCACUGGCAUGUUCUUUUCUGAGUUCAUCGCCAGCACGAUUCUGCAGUUUGUCAUUUUUGCCAUGGCCGAUAGCGCCAACAUUGGUGCUGGUCCGUUGAUGCCGCUUGGUCUGUUCUUCUUGAUCUUCGGUAUCGGUGCUUGCUUCGGCUGGGAGACUGGUUACGCCAUCAACUUGGCUCGUGAUUUCGGUCCUCGUCUGGUUUCGUACAUGCUCGGAUACGGCAGUGAAGUGUGGUCUGCUGGCGGGUACUAUUUCUGGAUUCCUAUGGUCGCUCCAUUCUUUGGUUGUGCUUUCGGUGGUCUCUUGUAUGAUGUCUUCAUCUACACUGGACCCAGUCCCAUCAACACUCCUGGCAUGGGUCUUCCUCGUCUCGUAAGCCCUCGUCGCUCGACGUGGUCUAACACAUACAGCGCAAAUUCUCCAGUAUAA